CUAGCUACUGCCAAUGGAUCCCAUCAUAUCUGACGCGGAAAGGGACGAUUUGAAUGAGGAGGAUGAUGCCGUUUACCUGGAUAAACACCCCGAUAUAAGCGAUGAGUUCAAAAAGACAUUUAUGGACGCUCGUGAGGCCAUUGAAAAUGGAGACAUGCCAAAGCUCAAGGCUGCAGUCCAAGCUAUGCAGGACGAGGGUAGUGUGCCAAGGGAAAGAUGUCUGAACGUGGUGAUCAAUGUGCCGGGUCCAAAGAGAGAUCCAAAGAAGCUUCUGCCAAUGACUCUGCUGGCCUUCGCUGGAUACCAUAAACGACAGGAAAUGAUUCAUUUCCUCAUUCAGAACCAUGCCCAGCUCGACGUGAAAAACCAGUUUAUUGGUACUCCUCUGCUGCAAAUGUUGUGCUACGCUCGAAUUCGGGAUAACCCCCAACAUAUCGACAAGGAAAUUGUCAGGUUUUUUGUUGACCACAAAGAUGUGGUCCUGACUCGUGUUUUGACGGCCGGUUACAUCAGAACAUCGACAGUUCUCGACACUUGCAUCUUCCUCGGCCGCUUAGACAUCGUCAAAAAAAUGCUGAUUCCCAAUGGGAUCGACCCAAUUAAAGGUGGCUACCCAGGAAUGAGGCCAUUAUUCGUGGAAUACGUCCAUUACCCAUCCAACGAGUUCCUGAAAUGGCUGUUUAAGGAGUUGGUGACCGGGGUUAGCGUUCCACAGUUUAUCAAGCAAAUUUUCCCCGUGAAGCGUGGAACAACACACACGGCGAGGAAGAUCUACGGGAAGAACCCCCUCCAUGCCUUCCUGCUGUGUGGGAGUGGGGAGGUGGUGGAUGCUCUGCUCGGUCUCCAGCCACGUAUCCUGGAGGAAGUGGAUCCAUUUGGAAAAACUGCUCUUCAUAUUGCUGCAGAAAAGGGGGACAUAGAAAGUUUAAAGAUCCUAUUGGACAAAGGUUCAGAUUUGGAUGCUGUUGAUGAAUUUUUAAUGACACCACUCAAGUUGGCUACGAAAAAUGAACACACUAAGGCAGUUGAAAUACUAAUGGGAAAAAUGGAGAGAGCAAGCGGUUCUACCGGAGCUGCCACUGACUCUGACUCGCUGGGCUCCAUGGUGAUGUGGGCCUGGGCACUGCAGAAUAGCUACGCCACAUACUUUGAGGCAAUACACAAAGAGAGGGAGAGAGAGAAACUUCUGCUCAGGAAACUGGACAAUGACGGAAACAACAUUGCACAUUUGGCAGCAGAGAGUGGAAAUACCAUUAUCUUUAAGUCUGUUAUUCCUAAGAUUCAAGAGCCGAAAGUGUAUCAAAUUCUUCUAGAACAAAAUGAUAAAGGAUUGACACCUCUUCAAGUGGCCAUUAUGAAUGGGAAUGUGCGCAUCUUGCAGGCCUUGCAGGAGCAAAGGGCCGAGAGAAAGAAGGUAGCAGACAAAGGAUACUCCAUCGAGAGACAGGGUGACUCAGUGGAAGAGAAAGACCUGAAUGAGCUGAAAAGGGAAAAUCUCAAGUUGAUGCUCUUUGCCUGUGAGCAUGGAACUGUGGAUGUUGUCAAGUACUUCGUGACUGAAUUGGUCCCUCCAAACAAAGGCAUGAAAAGAGAAGAAGACAAGACACCACUCUAUUAUGCUGCAAAGGCAGGAAAGCAUGAAAUUGUGGCAUACCUGCUCAGCAUUAAUGAAGUUUCUCCAGACAGUGAAACGGAUUCCUUGCCUCCCAUACUGGUGGCAUCAGAGAACGGCCAUUCCAAGUGCAUCAUUCACCUGAUUGAGAAGAACGCAAAUUUGACUGUGAGGUCAGAGUGUGGCUACAAUUACCUUAUGGAAGCCAUCAGAGGUGGACAUGAGGAUGCUGCCAAAGCCAUUAUACUCCAUCUGCAAUCAGAAGAGAACGGUGAUAAGUGGGAAGCUACAAUGAAAGUGUGUGACAGUGAAACCAAGACACACACUCCAAUGAGACUGCUAAUUCAAGCCAUGCCAGACGUUGCAAAGCUGGCUAUGAAAAGAUGUGUUCAUGAAAAGGAGGUGGAUCCUCCUCAGGGUCCUGCUCGUCUUGAAGACGGCCAGCAGAAGUGCUGUGAGUAUGAUUUUUCCCUCAUUGACGACUACACCGAGAAGGAUGCUAAAUCACCAUGGAGACCUACGCAAUACUCUUCUUCCUCACAUCCCCUGGCAUACCUGGUAAAGAAGGAGCGACUAGAGCUGCUCCAACAUCCACUGAUGGCGCUCUACAUUGCCCGGAAGUGGUGGAAAUGGCCAUUUCGUUUCUUUUGUUCAUACAUACUCAUUUAUACCCUGUUCCUUGUCAUCCUGACCAGUUUUGCCCUCCGUGUUCCUCGACCUAGCCCAGGGGAUGAAUUCUGUCCAAGCAACAGCUCAAAAGCUUCUUACACUCAGCUUGAUUUAAAUGAUGGAGACUGCAAUGGUCCGAGUGGUUCUAACAGAGCUGCAUUUCCAACUCUGGCUGUCAUACUGAUCCUGCUAUCCGUUGGAUUCCUGUGUUUCGAAGUCUUCUUCAGAUACAUCAUGAGAGAAUACUGGAACACGUUCUACUAUUGGUUUGAACUAGUUGUUAGGGUCGGAGUUUUUCUUCUUACUGUCAUCUUUGUGUCUGGAUUUGGCCACGACUGUUGGUGCACUCCACCAUGGCAAUGGCAGAUCGGAGCCCUGGCCGUGUUCUUGACCUACUUCAAUGCAGUUCUCCUGCUAAAGGGUCUCCCGUUUUUGGGGGUGUACAUCAGCAUGCUUCUGAAAAUCAUUGCCACCUUUCUAUUCCUGAUCUAUCUCCCGAUACUGCUCAUCUUGGCCUUUGCCUUUCCUUUCUACAUGCUGUUUGUGCGAGAUUCUGCUGCAGUACUGGUAUGUGCAGAAUACUGACAUAAACCUCCUUAACUCUGUUGCUUUAGUCUUUGGUGUCAGUUCAACUGCCUAUCUUCCCCAUAGGGUGAUGCAGGAAUUCUGGUAGGCUUUUCCACUCCUGCACACUCUCUUGCCAAGACAAUCAUGCAGACGGCAGGGGAGCUGGAUUUCGAGGCUCUGUUCAACGAAGGGGACCUCCUCUACUCCCCCAUGGCCUACAUCCUCUUCAUCUCCUUUGUUGUCUUAAUGCCCAUUCUAUUCAACAACAUGUUGACCGGUUUAGCUGUCGGAACCGCAGAUGAAGACAAGAAAAAUGCGGAAUUCACAAACAUUCAUGUUCAGGCAAGACUCAUCUUCAACAUCUACACGGAGAUAUAAUACUAACAUGGGAACUGCAUACUCUCUUUCAGGUCCAGUACAUUUUGGGUCUGGAGAAUUUCAGGCUGAUCCGUGGUCAUCUCACCAGUGAGAAGUGUCUAGAGAAUGUUAGCUGGCUGCGCAGAGAAUGGGACUGGCUUCGGGGAAUUGAUUAUGAGUCACAGAAAGCCAAGUUGGAGGAACUGGACAAAGACACUGACGAAAAGAGCAGGGAGAAAGUGACAAAGAUGGUGUCGGUGGUGAGCAAUAUUCAAGAGAGGAUUCCCGCUCUAGAGAGGAGCCACAGGGAGAUGCAGCAGAGUCUGGAGCACAUCAUGAAAACUCUGCAGGAACUCAAUGGAAAAAUUGACUGAGAAAUAGCUAGCUACUUAAAUACUUUUCGGCCAUUGUUUUGUUACUCCAAAGUCGUAGGUGUAGCUAGCUCUAACUGUCGUGUCCAUGUUGUAGGUCAAGAAAUAAUAUGUUAAUUCUAGAGACCAA